CGAACGACACACCGGAGCCGCGACCAAAAGUCUUAAAAGGAUUACCAAUUUACAAAACCGCAAAGGAUACUAAUUAUUAAAAACAGCAAAAUGAACAGAAAUUGCGUUGUCAUAUUGCAGUUGUUGGGAGUAAUGGUGUUGCUAAGCUAUGCAAACGGAAUCCCAAAAUAUGAAGACAGCCAUAAGUUCUAUGCGGAUAAAGUACAGCGAGAUAGAUCGUACUAUAACGAAAAUAAAACGCAACCCAGCGAGCCGCAGGCAGCUUCCACAAAAGACAGGUUGGAACGAUUGGGAUACACCACCGGAUAUGGAUCUCUAAAUGGAUAUCCUGGCGGUACAGGACUUUCCGCCUACAACCCCAUUAAACUCGAUCUGGGUGGCGUAGUUUUGGGAACUCUCGUAGGCAUUGGAGCCAUUAUUCUGAUUCCUAAAAUAUUAUCAGCUUUCCAUGGAGGAUAUGGAGGAUACGGACGAAGCGAGGAUAGUGACCUUACCCCACUGAGUACAAUGAUUAACAAAAUCGACGAUGUUCUGGGUCAAAAUAACAUUGACUCCACGAGUUGUAUGCAGCGUGCAGUUUGUGGUUAUGUUCGCUCUACGGAAUAUAACAUGAAGAUUGGAUCCUCCGAUCAGAUGGACGAGUUUAUUCACAUGCUAUCCGAAAACUCUUUGGUGGAUUACCUUCUUGACGGAACGGCGAUAAAAGAGGCUUUGGAGCAUGGAAAAAGAUUCAACGAUAGACCUUGUGAAGAGGUGUAUUCCAAUUGCCCGCUAGAUAGUAAAUCGGCUACAGAAAUUCUAAUGAAGCUUAUGCCAAAGAAAAAAUCUGUGGGAAAAGGAAAGUCUUCUGGAGUUUCACGGGAAAAGAAGGUUUAGUGGAUGUUAUUCUUUUAAAGUUCAAUUAAAUUGUUUGCAAUAUACAUAAAACACUAUAUUUUCAACAAUUAAAUAAACUUGUGCUAUUUUUACUUAACUUUGUUUU